UAUUUAAUGUAUUCGUUUUAAUGACAUUAUUUAAUGAAAUUAAUUGUCGAAAGAUUCAUGGAGAACAAAAUGUUUUUCGAGGUAUAUUUACAAAUCCAAUUUUCUAUGGUAUUUGGAUUGUAACAUUUGUUGUGCAAAUACUUCUUGUUCAAUUUGGUUCAGUUGCAUUUUCAUGUGUACCAUUAACACUUGAACAAUGGAUGUGGUGUUUCUUCUUUGGUGCGACAGUUCUCCUAUGGAAUCAAUUAGUUAAUUUGAUCCCGGUGUCACGUCAUAUGCCAAAAUGGGGUGCAGGUGAAGUUUAUGAUCAAACAUCACCUUCUGAUAUAGGUCCAGAUGGACAACAAAGAUCAGGCACAAGUUUAACAAAAGGACAAAUACUUUGGUUAAGAGGAAUAACACGUCUUCAAACGCAGCUUCGUGUGAUAAAAGCAUUUCAAGAUUCAAUCGAUCGACAACCACCUGAAUAUGUAACAUUAGAUCGGCUACGAGCCGCUACUGUGCCAAAAGUCUCAUCGUUUUAUCACGAUAAUCGGCCUCUUACACGUCCUCAUUCUCUUAAUCCUAUUAUUACUAUUAACGCAAACAUCACUGAUAAUCAUCAAACAUCACCACCCAUGGAAGAUACCCGACUUUAG